AUGAGAGAUAUAAUAAAAGUUAGAUUAAUAUUUGAAUUAUAAGUUUAAUAUAUAUUGUACAGAUAUUGGAUUUUAUUUGCUGAGUUUUGUGGAUACUUUUGGAACCAAUGCUUCAUUCAUUUUAGAGUCUUAUUUGAAGUGUUUUACUUUGGAUCAAAAGAGAGAUUUGAAAAAUUGAAGAUGGAUGGAUUUAGAGAAAUGUGGGAAUUACGUUCCUUGGUUAAUUGAAUUUGCAUUAACAAAACUCUGCGAUUAUACUGUUAUUGUAUUGUUAAUAAUAUCGGUUAUCUAAUAAGUCAAAAGUUCUCUUGAUUAUUCAUUUAUGUUGUUUUGAUCGGCAUCGGCUGGUUUAUUUCUUUCUCGCGAUUUAUAGCUGCCAUUAAGAUAUGCAUCGAGUAACUUUAAUUUAUUAUCAUAGAAAUCGCAAUAGAAUUGA